AUGCAAGAAUCUUUACAAGAUGAAAUUAUUCCAUUUAUUGUUCCACCAUUUGCUAACAGUAUUUUUAUUGAAGGUGUAGAUGAAAAUGAUGAGAAUGAAAUGACUUUAUUAUUUACAAAAUUUGGAUUAUUAUAUAAAGCUAAUAGAUUAAAAGAUAAUCCAAGUACAAUGCAUUUUAUAUAUUAUAGCCAUAAUGCAUGGGUUAAAUGUCAUAAUGAAUUAGGAAAUUCUUUUAAUAUUCAUUCUAACAGAUACGAAUUAAAAAAGUUUAUUCCAAAGAAAUUAACAAACAAUAAAAGUAUAUUACGUUUACCACAAAUGUAUAAUCUUUGUAAUUAUUAUAUUGGAUUUAAUGCUUGGUCAACAGAAAUUAUAUCAAUUACUUGUGACUUUAAAGAUGAAAUACAAACCAAUGGAAUAACAAAAUAUGUUUUUCAAUAUACUACAAUUACUCAAAUUAAUUUCAUAAAUUUUCCAAAUGUAAUUUGUAGGGGAUAUGGGAGAUCUAAGUAUACAGGAAAAGAUUAUAAUCGUGCUGAUAGAACAUGUAAAAAAUUUUCAGUUGCGUGUUCACGUAAAGAUAUGUUUAAAAAACUUGUUAUUUGUAUUCUUGUAACUAUAAAAGACGGAGUUUGUAAACAAAAAGCUGUUCCAACAACAAUAGAAAUUGGAAAACAAGAUGAAGAUGGAUUAAAUCAAUUAUUUAUUCAAAAUUAUGAAGAAGAUGAAGAAGAACCAAAUGAAUUAAAUGACCAAGACUUUGAAGAAAUAUUAAAAUUAAUUUAA